AUGAGUCAACAACAAACAUCACCAUCAUCUUCAGUACAAGAAUUUGCCAAACAUGCACACAUUGAUUAUAUUCAACAUUUAGAGGAGAAGGAACAAACAACCUUCGAGUAUUGUGUUACGGAACAUUUGAGAAUGUCGGGAAUGUAUUGGGGAUUAACAGGUAUGGAUUUGAUGAGUGAAUCAUCGAAAAUGAAUAGAGAACAUAUUUUGCAAUUUAUUAGAGAUAGUUAUCAUGCUGAUGUUGGUGGGUUUGCUGGAGCUCCUAAUCAUGAUGCUCAUAUUUUGUAUACAUUAUCAGCAGUUCAAUUAUUGGUUCUCUUGACAAGUAAUAUUGAAGAGUUUUUAACUCUUGAACAAAUUGAAAAAAUUGGUGAAUUUAUUGGAUCUUUACAAAAGGAAGAUGGUAGUUUUUCAGGAGAUAAAUGGGGAGAAAUUGACACAAGAUUUAGUUAUUGUGCACUCAAUUGUUUAGCAUUAUUGGGUCUUCUUGAAACUUGUUCAAAUUAUAGAGGUGACAAGAUCAAUAAUAAGAAAUAUAUCAAUGUAGAAAAAACUGUAGAUUAUGUACUUUCAUGCCAAAACUUUGAUGGAGGAUUUGGUGUUUGUCCUGGAGCUGAAUCACAUGCUGGACAAAUUUUUACUUGUGUUGGUGCCUUGUCAAUUGCCAAAGCAUUGGAUAGAUUUGAUCAUGAUACUCUUUCAUGGUGGUUGUGUGAAAGACAAUGCGAAAAUGGAGGUCUCAAUGGUAGACCAGAAAAACUUUCAGAUGUCUUCGUGUUCGAUCUUUCGGAAGAUGAAGAGGAGGAAAAUACAUUUUCAAAGGCUAAAAAGAUCAUUUCAUCACCACCUAGCCUCGAUCCAGAAAUAAAUAGUAAGAAGAGAAAAAGUUCUGUGGUUUCUUCCAAUGACGAGGAAUCACCAUCAUCAGGUUCGGAAAAACAAACAAAUUUUAAGAAGGUAAAACAGGAUAAUAGAUCGACUAUACAUAAGAGUAUUGAUAGUUUUCGGAAGAUGAAAGAGGCUGGACAUUCUGCUUCAAAGGUUAGUCAUAUCUCUGUGAUAUCGGAUAGUAGUGAUGAGGAGAAAAGUCCUCCUUCAAAUAAUUCUGCCAUAUUAAUAUCAUCUGAUGAGGAAGACGAUGAUGUUGAUUCUUCUGUACAACAUAUUCUUAAUUAUAGAGGCCACCAUGCAUCGAGUAGUAAUGUUAAAUCUAGUCCUAGUAGUAGUAAAUCAAAGCCUGCUAAAGCUAGUAGUAGUAAAGCGGACAGUGAAACAAAAUACACAGUUCAAACAUAUCUGAAUUUUAAAAAAAAGAGAACGUCACGACAGGAUACAGAUUCUGACUCUGAAGAGGAUAGAGUAGUUUCUCCUGAAAAA